AUGGCGCCAAAACGAAAACCUUCAUCUCCAGUCUCCAUAGGUAACUGCGAGAUUACGGUUGAGGCCAACCGCUUCACCUGCAACUCCGAUUCAAACGGCCUCUUAAUCUCUAUCCCCAGAAGCGGAAAGAUCAGAGUAUCAGAUGUGUCUGCAAACCAUGGAAACGCUUCUGAGGAUUUCAAGUCCGGAGAUGGAGAACACGAGUUCGUGCUAGUUAAUCCUAAAGAUGUUGAUGGUAUUAGCAAAUCCUACCUUCAGGAAGUAUUACAGAUGUAUAUGACAGAGCUACCUGGAAUGAAUUAUGCUGCGAAUACCGGAAAGCAAUCAAAGUUUCUUGAGAGAUGUGUGACGAAUGGGAAAUAUCGAACACUACUUCUGAAAUCCAGUUCGGUAGGAAAUUUUGGAAAGGUUAUAGCUGCAAUCACAUAUCAAAUCAUCCCUGCGGAUACAGAAUAUGCAGAGAUCCCACUUGCAGCUGUCAAUGCAAUCUAUCAACGGAAGGGUUUUGGUCAUCUAUUGUUUGCAGAGCUAUGGAGGAGACUUAAUAGUGUUGGCAUUCGUUCUAUUUUCUGUUGGGGAGACAAAGAAUCUGAAGGUUUUUGGCUUAAACUGGGUUUUAUAUCAAUAGCACAGGUAGAUACCAAAGGUAGAGCCCGAAGGUUGCCUGUAAAAGCUGAUAUUCGCAAAUCAUUAUGCUUUCCUGGUGGUUCAACUCUCAUGGUUUGCCACCUAAGGAAGGAAUUAUUAGCUGAUGAUGCUAACACUGUGAAGUGUCUCCCCUCACAGCUUCAUCAGAAUUCCUUUACACCUGCCAUUGCUGAAAAUGAGCGGGUUGAAUUAUCAGGAGAGUUACAUAUUGAUUUGGACUUUGCCAAUAGAUCUUCCUAUAGAACAGAAAGUACAGAUAAAAUUCAACCUGAAGCUUUAGUUAAAGAUGGAUCUUCCAGAGAGUAUGACAAACUUAGUGGGUUUGACUGUCACAAUCCUAAGCACUGCUGCAGUGACAUUGUUCCUUUUGCCAAAGCAGAUGAUGACAGACAGGACGCUGGUACAGGUUUUUCACAGGAUGGAAGUGAUGCUAAUGUCAAGCAUUGUUCUCAAUCUACAAAAGGUGCAAAGAGGACCUGGGAAGCCUCUUUUUCCUCGUUGAAGUCAAAAAGAGUGAAGGGAAGCCAGUUGGUUGACUGUGGAUCAGAUUCUAGCUGGGGUUUCAUCUCAGAGGAUGAUAGGGCCGAUCCUUGUUUUGUGGAUGUCCCUCAUGCUGAUCCUCUGAUCAAAAAAAAUUCUGAAAAAUGUACGGGAAAUUAUAUGCAUUUAGAACCUCCCAUCAACAAAGAACUGCCAUCAACUAAACAACGCUUUAGAAUCAUGUUGAUGAAUAUCGCUGAUGAUGCUAAGAAAGCACAGCUUACAAAGGUGAUUGAAGACCUUGGUGGAACUAUGGCCUAUGAUGGAAGCAUGACCACACAUGUUGUCACUGGAAAAGUGAGAAAAACUCUGAAUUUCUGUACCGCCCUCUGUUCAGGUGCUUGGGUGCUCUCAUCAAGUUGGUUGAAAGAAAGUUUUCGCGAAAGCAGAUUUGUUGAUGAAUUGCCUCACGUACUGAAUGAUAAGGAUUUUCAGUUGAAGCACAAAUCUGAUUUAAUAAGUGCAGUUUUCCGAGCAAAAGCUAGUCCCCAUGCUUUGUUCAAGGGAUAUAAUAUAUAUAUUGCAGCUCAUGUUCAAACACCUGCUAAAACACUGUCUGCUAUUGUCAGGUCUGCAGGUGGUAAUGUUAUUAGUGGGCUCGAAAAUGUAAAUGAUGCAUCAACAACAAUCUUUGUGACAUGCGAAGAAGAUACAGAAGAAGCAAUGAUGGCUGCAAAGAAAGGCAUUCGGACUUUCAGUAGUGAGUGGUUCAUGAACUGUGUCAUGAGACAGGAGCUUGACUUGGAGGCCUCCCAAUUUGCUGAGUCCUUGUAAGGAUGUUAAUGCCCAGUGGUAAAUAUGAUUUGGUAUAUAAGAAUUUCUUCAGUACUUUGAACUGUUAGCGUUUCAUUUAUAUAAAUAUGACUUAGGUUUUUUAGAAAGAGAGCUGGUUAACAAAUUUGUCCUCCCAAGGAGGAUGACUUAACCAGACCGCUUCAUCUCAAAUGAGGUUUCAGAUACUGUAAUUAGGCAUGUUUUGCGGUGGUUUUUUCAGGUUUUUUUGUUUAGGGUUUAGGAACUACUUGCA